ACAUACACACGCAUAAAUACACACAUCACCUACAUCACUCUCGCUGCGCAUCCUGUUUCUGAAUUUUUCUCAAUAUAGGGAAAGGGUUGGAAGAUCCCACAAAAGGAAAACCAAGAAAAGAUCAGCAGGCAACGAGCAGAGCAAAAUGUUCUACAGAGGUCGAUACAUGGAUGGUGGUGAUGGGAAUCAAAUGGCUCCAAAACGGCAGCGGGUGAUUGAUCAGGGUUCUUCAUUUUAUGGGACUUCCCCGGGUUCAAGUUUCAUGUACAAUCCUCCUCCUUACUCAUCAUAUAUUGGCCAACCUCCACCGUUCCCUGUUGUCCGACUUCGGGGGCUUCCCUUUGAUUGCUCAGAAACUGAUAUUGCUGAGUUCUUCCAUGGUCUUGACAUAGUUGAUGUUCUAUUUGUUCAUAAGAAUGGCAAGUUCACUGGGGAAGCUUAUUGUGUUUUGGGGUAUCCUUUUCAAGUUGAUUUUGCCCUUCAGAGGAAUAGGCAGAAUAUUGGCAGGAGAUAUGUUGAGGUUUAUAGAAGCAAGAGGCAGGAAUACUAUAAGGCAAUAGCAAAUGAAGUUUCGGACUCUCGUGGUGGUUCACCUCAUCGCAGUAUCCCAAAAGCAAAAUCAUCAGAUGAGGGGAGGGACUCAGCAGAUACAGGGAUAUUGCGAUUGAGGGGGUUGCCUUUCUCAGCUGGCAAGGAUGAUAUCAUAAAAUUCUUUGAGGACUUUGUGCUGACAGAAGAGUUGAUUCAUAUUAUGGUUAAUUCAGGGGGGAGGCCAACUGGGGAAGCAUUUGUGGAGUUUUUGAGUGUAGAAGAUUCAAAAGCUGCAAUGGCGAAGGAUAGGAUGACACUUGGGAGUCGCUAUAUAGAGCUGUUCCCUUCGUCACUUGAGGAGUUGGAUGAAGCAGUUUCAAGGGGCCGAUCCAAUAAUUCGUACGGGUCAAAAUCUUCCAAUGAGGGGAAGGAUUCGACUGAAGAGACGGAGGUAUUGCGAAUGAGGGGAUUGCCAUUCUCAGCUAGCAAGGAUGAUAUUAUGGAUUUCUUCAAAGAUUUUGUGUUGUCAGACGACUUGAUUCAUAUGACGAUUAAUUCGGAGGGUAGGCCGACUGGCGAAGCAUUUGUGGAGUUUGCUAGUUCAGAGGAUUCAAGAGCAGCAUUGGCUAAGGAUAGGAUGACUCUCGGGAGUCGUUACAUAGAGCUCUUCCCAUCAUCACUUGAGGAGUUGAAUGAAGCAGUUUCAAGGGGACGGUGACUUAUAUUUGUUGCCUUUUUCCUCUUGCUGUUCUGUACUUGAAUGAUGGUGGUUUAAUGUCAUAUAAAUGGUUGGCAUCUUGAAAUUGUAAUUUACUUUAUUCUGAAGUUAUAAGCUUUUUGUUUGUUGUUUUAAUAGCAAAAAGUAGUAGAAAUAAUGAACUGGUGCAUAUUUAUUUAGCUGGGCUUCUGUAUCAUUUUGGUUCAAUUUCGGAUCUUUGUAUCUAAAGCUAUGCUUCCUCAUCA